AUGAGAGAGACUGUGGUCUCCAAGCCUCCCCAUGGCGCAUCGGCAAUCUCGACAACACACUCUAAUGUCGAGCUCAAGAAACACACAAGGACGCCUGAAUGGAUCUUCCGCAACGAUCAGGACGUUUCACUAUUGUCCUCCAACAAUGGAAUCUCUGAAUCGGAUUUCGUCCAUCGAGUUCCUUCCAUACAGUCCCUAGAAAUGGCUCAUUUUAAUUUCUCGCAUAUUCGAGGACUCGAACAUUUCUGGAAUCUCACGUCCUUGUGUUUAAUGACUCAAGAUAUCGAGGAAAUUAAUGGCCUGGACUCACUGUCCAACUUGCAGAGUUUAUGGAUUUGUGAGACUCCAGUAUCUAGGAUUUCUGGACUUGAUCGUUGUGUGAAGCUUGAACGGCUGUUUCUAUACGAGAAUCAAAUCAAGAAGAUUGAAGGGUUGGAUUCGUUAGUCAAACUGCAAACUUUGUGGUUGUCAGACAACAAAAUCACAACGAUUGAGAAUUUGGAUUCUUUGGUAAAUCUCAAAGAGCUUCAGCUGAGCGGUAACUUGAUUCGUCAUAUUGGUCAUUCGCUAGAUGGCAAUGUGAAUCUUCAGCAACUGAACCUAGCAGGAAACAGAUUACAGUCCUUCCCCGAAAUCUUGAAUCUCGUACAUCUCCCAUCCUUGACAUCUUUAGCACUAGCCGAUCCAAACUAUGCAGAAAACCCAGUCUGCACAUUAUGUAACUACCAAACCAACAUUCUUUACCACUUUCCAAAUAUUCUUCGUCUGGAUUCACAUCGCAUAACCGCUGAGGCUCGUAAAGCAGUAGCAGCAACGGUACUAAAGAAACGCAUGUUUUACAAUAUGUGUGCCCAAACCAUUCGAAGGAACACUGCUAUACUACAUGCGGCCACUGAAGAUGUUUAUGCACCAACAAUUCGAGCCAAAGAAUCUAUAUUGCAACGACAGUUAUAUCGCAAGAAAUGUCUGUUGAGGCAUCUAGACGAUUUGAAAUGGGACAACGUGGUGUUGUCUAGACCUGGAACGUCUUCACCGCUCCAUAUCGUCUUGACUGCUGGAUGUCGACAACUGGAAUCUCUGAUACAAAAGGCUUCAAAGCAGAUACAAGAAGCGAAAGAGGCUCGUCAGCGGUGUCUGGAUUUUGUAUCGUUCCAAGCAGAUCAUCUAGUCAAGAGAUCCCAAAUUGAAUUGGAAAUGGGUGGGAAUGUCAGAUUUGAAGAUGUGUCUGGCUGUGCUGAUGAUGUGGAACGUGCUUCUGGAUUGAUCAAAAAGUUUCUGGCUAUUGGUCGUGGCAGUGAGUCAGCACCUCUUCAUAUCAAUCGCUUCAUUAAAGUACAUAAUCGAGCAGUUCAGGCUCGUCAUAAGGCGAAAAUGUCAGGCAAACUGAAUACAGCAGAACCCAUGCAUCUCUGCCUCGAAAUAACAGAUUCCCAAGUCUUUGAUUUGGCCGAAGAAGGUCUAUCCUUCAAAUCAAAAUCAGACUUGAUGACCGACCCAAUCACAAACUUUCUUCAGCCAACUCUAAAUUCCAAUAAUGGAAUUCGAUACUGCUGUCUCAUCCAAACAACUGUCGAAAACAUGGUCUGGACUUCCCCUUCUCAUGUCCAAUCUCUAUUACAAAAGCACCAAGAAUCAUCAUCGAAUGUUUCUUGCUACUACUACGAUGUACCCAACGUUGCCAAACCACCAGCAUCGUCCAGUCUACCACCACAACGAGGAUUUGUGUUUACAGAUUUGGAUUUAGUUUUGCCUGUUUAUCUGGUUGAAUUCUCAACUGGAAGUGGUUUGCAUGUGAAUGAAUAUGAGGCUUUGGAAGGUCAUAUUCGAGCUAUUGCUUCAUCUUCGAAACUGGCAUUGUCGGAACCACCCAGUCUGCGUCGUAUUCAAUCACCUCCAGAUCUGAUGAUGGAUGAUGUCAAGAUUGAAUCACACCCAGAGGUUGAUGUUGCUGAACGAUCUGUUGUUAAUACGCCGAUGAGAAUGGAUAAUGACACAUUAAGACGUCUCCCCACCUCAGCAACCCACCUAAACAUUGCCACAUCAUCAAUACCACCUCGUUUCGGUGACUCGAUAUCACAUCUCAUCCAUUUGCGAUCUCUCUCUAUAUCUCAUUGUGCAAUAGCACGAAUCCCAGCUGAUUUAACCUUGCUUCCCUCAUUGGAAAGUCUUGAUAUCUCAUUCAACAUAUUGUCAUCUUUGAAUGGUAUCAGGGCACUAUCUAAAUUGACAAGAUUAGAUGCUUGUGCAAACAAGUUUGCAUCUAUUGAAUCGGUCGUUGAACUGAAGGAUUGUGAGACCUUAAUGGAUCUUGAUGUGAGAUUUAAUCCUGUGUGCAAUUUGCCUGGACUUGAGAGUUGGUUGAUCUCGGGUAUUAGUGCUCUACAAUGCCUAAAUAACAGAGUUGUGGAUGCUGAAGAGCGAAUCAUUCGCUCAAACCCAGUCGCCCUAUUGAGCACACAUGCGUCACCACAAGCUUGUCUAUUCAGACCGUUAUCCAUUCGAACCAUUUCCGGACCUGGUGCUUCCUCAAGACUCCAAGCUCAGACAACCAACACUCUCUCCAAUUCGAAGCUCAACUCUUCAGCAACCUUACGGAUCGAUACCAUCACUAUCCUCGAAUUGGAUCACGUCAAUCUAGUAGAUUUAUCACUACUUCCCACAGGACUGCAAGCCAACUUGCGCUGGUUAUCACUACGAAAGAAUGGAUUGACCAACAUUGCCAAAUUAGCUUCAUUUACUGCAUUAGAAGAAGUCUGUGUACAUGGCAAUGCUAUUCAAUCUAUUGAUUGCUUAGCUGCACUGCCACGACUAUCGAGAUUGGAAGCUGGGUGUAAUCAGAUUGCUAGUUUGGAUGCCUCUGGGUGGAAGACUGUGUCGUUUAUGGGUUUGGAGUGUAAUCGUUUGAAGGAUUUUAAGACGGUUGCUACCAUGUCGUCAUUGUUGGAGUUAUACGUAGCAAACAAUGAUGUGGAAGAUUUACACAAUGUCUUCCCACUCAAAGAACUACCACGUCUAAUUGUAUUGGAUUUAGCUGGAAAUGCAGCCGCCUUACAAUCCGGCUACCGUCUCUUCUCAAUCUUCCACCUCCCACGCCUCAAAAUCUUGGACGGAAGCACCAUAACACCCGUAGAAGCUUCAGCAGCACGUGAAGCCCACCAAGGCCGUCUCACAUGUGAACUACUAGCCGAGCGUGUAGGCCGGAACGUGCCCUUUAAAUCACUGGCCGAACUAGACCUUCCCAACUGUCGUCUCAAAGACGUUGAAUGCUUCUUACGUUCUCCUGCCAACGAAUUCCGGUCACUACGACGCUUGAAUUUGGAAGGCAACUACCUAGUCAAUGCUGAUGCUUUACGAUCUCUGCCCUCAUUACGAGUCCUGAAUUUGGCACAAAAUCGAAUUGAUCGUUUGUUUUCAACUGAUCCGCCUGGUGCUCUUGUGGACGAUACGUGGAUGUCUGCUAGUAGUUCAGAUGCACAGUGGGGCAGUAAUGUGUGGCCGGCUCUGGAAGAGCUGCAUCUUUCGAAUAAUAUUGUUAAUGCUAUUUCGGAUUUGGGGUUGAGGAGAAUUGUUGGGUUGAGAAUUUUGACCUUGCAGUGUAAUCGGAUUACCAAGAUUGAUGGAUUAGAACGACUACCCAAUUUGGUGGAACUGAAUAUGGAGAGCAAUCAGAUUCGUCAUGUUAUUAAUGAUGCUUUUAUUGGUUGCUCUUCAUUGAAAUAUUUAAAUGUCAAAGAAAACAGAUUACGAACGCUGCAAAACUUUGAAAAUCUGCCCUUCCUCAAAGUGUUGAAUGUUGGAUGUAAUCGUAUUCAGGAUACAUUGGAUUUCGAUAAACUUCAAGCACCAAGUUUGCGGGAAGUCAUCUUACAAGGCAAUCCAGUCCUCCGACGCCCAUCUCAUCGAUUAGCGCUGAUUGCUCGACUACCCUUUGUGGAGAUUAUCGACAAGCGCGAAGUUAUUGAAGAAGAAAGACGACGAGCAGAGGUAUUCGGACUUGAACAAACCGCACCUGCAAACAUCCCUGCUCUACCUCAAGCCUCGACAUCUCUUUCAAUCCUACCUAAAUUCCCAUCUCGUCCAACUAUCGUGGUUCUUGAUGGUAGUGAAAUGAAGGUGAAUGGUAGCUCAAAUUUCGGAUUUUCACUGGGACGUGCACCGCUGGUCGUCACUGCAAGCACCAAGUCUUGCGAAGAAGUGAUCUUACAAGACAAGUUUGUUCAUCCGCGCCCAUCUCACCGACCAACUUUGAUUGAUCGGCUACCUCUGUCGAGAUUAUCGACAAGUGUCAAGGGAUUGAAGAAGAACAACGAAGAGUGA